UCUUGUUCGUUCUCGAUCACUCUCCAUUUUUUCCUUCUUUCUCUUAACGCAACGGGCUGCUUCAUAAUCGAAUCGAAAGGAAGCUGCAGAAUGGAGGACGUGCCGUUGCCGGCGCUCUUUGAGCAAGCCCGCAAGAUCCACAACUCAGCCACCGCCACCGCCUCCGCCGCCGACCAGGAGGUUGUGAAGAAGGGGUGCGAGGCUCUGCAUAGAUGCGAGGACAUGGUCAAUAACCUAGGUUUGUUCUCUCCCAACGAGACCAAAGAAGAUAUCAGCACCACCAAUCUCAAGUACAUUCUGGUGCCAUUUUAUCUUGCGGAGUUGACAGAAAAAUUAGCACAGGAUGACAGGAUACAUAUUCUAAAGGCUUCCCAGGCAAAACUAAAGGAGUUUAUUUCAUUUUGUGAAGCAAUGGAGCUGGUCCCAAAAGAGGAGUUAGAAUCUUACAUUGAAGGGGCAUCAAAAACUGUUGCUGAUCAGAGGGCCAGGAAGAUCGCUAGGUUCAAACGUCAGAGAGCUGCAGAAUCAAAGUUGUUGGAAAUAAAAGAGCAAAAGGAACGGCGUGGGCGUUCUACUAAAGCAGCUGCCCUGUCCACCCCUGUUGAGGCAGGAGAGGAAGAAGUAUUGGAUGAUGAUGGGGAAGAAGAAAGAGAGGCUUGGAUCACUACCAUAUCUUUGGCAAUCUGUAAGGCACUAGAUCUGCUGGAUAUGUUGAAGAAAGAGGAAGAGAUGCUUUCUGCUGUUAAGGAUAGACAAUCCAAGGAUGGGGAUAAGGAGUUCUCUAAGGAUGUUCUUGAUGAACGUGCCAAGAAAGCAGAAGCUUGGCAUCAUGAUUCUGCAGUUCGUGCACGGUACACUAAGCCAUCACCACCAAUCACAUGUGCCACUUUCGCCCAAGAUGUUCUAGAAGGAAGAGCAAAGGCUUCACAAGCACACGAUCACAAGCAUCAACCACUAAUAUUUGGACCGGCUAGCCUUGUAAAUGGAAACAUAACAACUGAGAGAGAAAGAAUGGCAGCUCAGGUCUUCCAACCUAGUCAUAGGAUGCCAACUAUGAGCAUUGAGGAAGCUGGGCUAAAAGAAAUGGAAAUAAUGAACAAAUGGCAAGAGAGAAAUGUCAGACUCAUGGAAGAAGCCAAUUCAUCUUGGCACAACGAUAGGAAGUCAAAGCCAGGAGAAGACGAUGAUGAAGAUGAUGCUGCACAGGAGAAAGCAAGGGCUUGGGAUGACUGGAAGGAUGAUAAUCCACGAGGUGCAGGAAAUAAGAGACUUACCCCUUGUGGGUAAAGUGGGUUCUUCCCUGGCUUAGGAGUAACGGGCUGAGAAUAAAACUGUUUUUAACGAAAUCUCGUAAUUUGUAGUUAGAUUGCGUUAAGAUUAUGUGUAUACCAGGAUUUUCAUUUGAUUACAUGUGCAUAUUCAUGGAGUGCAAGUAGGGUCCUACCCCACCCGGUUUUGCAUGCUCUCCUUCCCAAGGAUGUUUGUGGAAUUAGUAGCUUGCUUUGCAAUUUGCACCAGAGGUUGCAUUAUACUAAAUUUUCUAGAAAUUAUUGAUGCUAUCUAUUAUGUGUACAGAAAAUGCGUGUGUUUGCAUUUCUCUACCAUCAAUAGAAUGAACAAAGCCAGGCGUGCACAAAGAUUUGUGUAUUUUGCUCACUGUGCAACUGUGCAUGAAGGAUGAUGUAUUUGAGUUGAUAGGUAGUGACUAGUUUUCUUUUUGGAAACCGAAAUGGUUUUUUUUAAAAAAAAUUAUUAUGCAAGAAUAUACAAUCAAUUCAUUAUUCUGAGUUACAUUUUCAUUUUGUAGUAUGUAUACAUAUAAUAAUUCAGUUGAUUGAGGA